GUGCACAAAAUCUUAUCUUGAUCUUAUUUGAUAACAUGUAGUAGAUUUAAUUAAUAACUUAUGCAAUAAUAUGAAUAUUGGAAUGGCUCAGAAUACUUGUUUCUUUUUCAGAACUUUUCUCAUUGUUUUAUCAAUACUGAUUUUGUUUGGAAAAGUCAUUGCCGGCGUGAACCAAUGCGGGACCCUGACGAUAGAACAGCCCACUAUAUUGGGAAGAAAUGUUACUUUUACUUUUACUCCGGAAACAACUUCAGACGCAGACGUAAACUGGCAGAGGGCAAAAGAAAGAAAUCCGUGUGCUCAUCUUCCUAAUGAUAACAAGUUUACACAGUAUUUCCAAGAUGGAACAUAUUACUUGAUUUUAACUGAUACUGUCAUUGGCAAUGACGAAGUACUUUAUCGUGUUGAUUAUAGGAACAAGAGCGUAAGCUGUUCAAUGGAAACUCCAAAACUUCAACUUCAAAAUAUAUCAGAUCUGUGUGGGUUUGUCUACCUUAGAACAACAAAUGUGACAGAAGGCGAGAACGUAGAACUAGAAUAUUAUCCAUCGAAAUUUGUUAUGCGACUUCCAGAAUACACUGUACGACAAUGGAUGCGUUCUACAAAUAAAAUUUUUCAAAUAAUUCUGACGAAAGGUCUGUAUGAGGAAGAAAAGGAACCGAAUGAUAAAUAUGUGUUGACACUAACGAUGUUCAAUGAACGAAUGAAUGGCCGAUAUGGAGUUUACUGCGGCGAAGCUGCGAAAUAUUCAAAUUUUGUCGAUGUGAUAUUACCAGUUGCACCAAAGACGCCAGUAUUUGAAGGUUUAAAGGACAUAGACGACUGUAAGGGAUGUAUUGUUGGUGAGGAUGGUGAUCAGUUCAGUGUUCUCUGCAAGACAAGUGGUGGUACACAGCCAAUUACAGUCACCAUGUCGAUAGGGAAUGAAUCGCUAAGCCCUGUACGAUAUAAUGACACAGCGGAUUAUAUGGCAUUCUUCUUUCUUCGCAACAGACAUCAUAUGGCAAAUAUGACAUGCACUGUUAUGAACGAUGCAUUAACAUCGCCUUUUAUCACAACUGCACCUGUGUAUGUUAUCAAUGCGCCUGUUGAAUUCAACAUAUCUGGUUCAAUAUUGAAUAUUUCUGAAGGGGAAAGGGCAUACGUAAAGUGUUCAGUCAAAAGCUUGCGCACCUUCAACAUUUCACGGGUGGAACAUACUGAUGAUGGAAACAUGUACCAAAAGCACUGUCUCAUGAAAACAGACUACGUCAUAGUAAUUGAUGCGUAUCGUAUUUCACAACGGCAUUUGAAUUGCCAGGCCAGCUCUUUACAAACAACCGAACAGGAAACAUUGACAGUUAACAUUUAUGAGAAAUCUGAGCAACGUUUCAACAAACAGGAUACCUCUGGCUCUGGAGGCAACUCGUUUAUCUGGAUCAUUAUAAGUUCUUGUUUAACUGCUGUCCUCAUUGGUGCAUUCAUCGCGGGUUUAGUUGCAGUAAAGAAACUGAAGACCGCUAAAGCACAAUCGGAAGCAAAUCAAGUGAGGCACAGAGGAAAUUUUGGUGGAACGAGCAGGAACGAUGUAGAACUGGAAGAUCGUGCGUAUGAAAGAUUGAAUGAUACCAGGCAUGCAACUGGGCAAUCGGAAACAUUAUAUUCUCAACUAUCUUCAUAGACUCGCCAAGAAGAAACAGAAAGUAUUGAUCUAGUAAUAGCAAUAGACAGGUCAUGUGUCUUGAGAAAAAGUCAAAAUGUAAUUAAUAUCCCUGUUUCACAAACUGUAUUGGGAAAACGUCCUCAAAAGAAAUAUUGUCCUAGAUGUGGAAAUGGGUGUGAAAUUAUAAGGCACCUUUCUUCGGACAGAAAUAGUUAACUUUUUGAAAUAUGUUGACUUGACCAAAGAUUAACAUUUCUUAAUUAUACGAAGAAUUUCAGUUUAACAUGUAUUUUGAAGAUAAAAUACCCUAUUCAUCUACAUAGCGUAUUUUUACUUUCAGAAACAUUAAGGUAUUAGACCCCUAAUAGUAAUGUUUACAAAAUGGCAUUUGCUUGGUAUAUUCUUAAAGAUGACGGUGUUUCGCACUGUUUUGCAAUUUUUAAACAACUUUUACCGUGCCGUUUUUUAUAAGUUUUGUAUAACUUAUGGUUUCUCCCCAAGCUGAACUAGAGAUAAAUUAGUGAUGGCCACUAUCCAAAACAUUUGCAGAUAACUCAUUUUACCAUUAAUUUUAAGAAAAGAAACACCAAACUAUUGGUAAACAAUUAUAAAACACAAAAUAAAAAUGUCAAUAUCAUUUUUUCUAGGGUGCCUCAAGUAAACGGAUUUAAUGAGAUAGAAUUCUUACUUCAACAUUGAAAAAAAAGGGUCGAAUCCUGUGUUUCUAUUUUGAAUUUUGCUUAUUUUAUUAAAAAAUAACCUUGGGGCAGACGUAAAAACUACAUAAAUUUCUUUCACGAUAAAUAAUCUAAAGAGUGAAAGCAAAAUAGAGAACUUUUACCACAUGUAACUUAAUAUUUUUAAAGAUGUGUAACUCUACCCCUUCUCUUUAAGUAGUAAAUAUCACUUUGAACAGCAAUAUCAAAUUAAUUUUUGUACAAUAAAUCAAUCAUAAGUCUUGAAAGAAGUAAAAACAGGAAAAAUAAAUGGUCCCAGUAGGGCUUGAACCUACCCCCACACCCCUCUGAGAAUUGCAGUAAAAGGAGGUUUAUGGUAGGAAUUGAAUACUUUUGAAAAAAGGAAGUACUCUUUUCCGCUUCUAAUACCUUAAGUAAUCUCUAUAACUAAUAUAUUCGAAAUUAUUAGAUAAAGUGCAUAUGAUUAUACAUUAAAUCUUAAUAUUGUAAUCAUAAUUACUGUAGUGGUAUGUGUAAAGAUCAAUUUUGUGUACUGUCCCACUAGGUAUUUAUGUAUCUAAAUUCUUCAGUAGAUGAGUAAAAGAAUAUGUCUUGAAUAUGCAGAGCGGGUUGCUCAUGCCGCUUGCGGGCCAAGGUCAUGAAUUCUUACAACGAAAUAGAAAAGGGACUAAUAAAAUGCCAAUCAUUUCAAGUAUCUCACGUUACUUUUUUGUAAAGAUGAAAUGUUUAUGUCUUGCAGAAUCUCUAAAGAAAAUAUCUAGAAAUGUAUCAAUAAAUGAAUUUAAAAGAAAAACGUCGAAAAAGAGAAAACUUCAUGUGUGUCAAAACAAAAGUAAUAGCUGCAAUCUACAAAAAUACACCCAGAUCCAAACAUGUUAAGUACAGACGAUUGAGUUGUAAAUUAUUUCUCGUGCUAAGGUCGCGGUGUCAUUACAAUUUAUCAAAUGAGCCGCGCCAUGUGAAAACCAACAUAGUGGGUUUGCGAUCAGCAUGGAUCCGGACCUGUCUGCGCGUCCGCGCAGUCUGGUCAGGAUCCAUACUGUUCGCUUUUAAAGCCUAUUGCAACUAGAGAAACCGUUAGCGAACAUCAUGGAUCCUGACCAGACUGCGCAGAUGUGCAGGCUGGUCUGGAUUCAUGCUGGUUGCAAACCCACUAUGUUGGUUUUUGUUAAUGGUACUUUCAAACCCACUAUGUUGGUUUUUGUUAAUGGUACGGCUCAAUUAUAAACUGAUUUACACACGUAUAUGUACAUAAUAUAUCUUUAUCUUAAUUGAUAAAAUGACUUUUUAUUCACUAGAAUGUUAG